GCGGGUCGCGUCGUAGGCCUAAUCGGGAUGGCCAGCGUGAAGCGUGGAGUGAUGAGUGUGUGGACACGGCGUGAAAGUGCGUGAGUAUCCCCAUGGAGACGCCGCCACCGUCGACGGUGGGACGUCGCUCCAGUCGUCGUGGGAGCGGCAGCGAUGACGUCACCAUCGGGACGAGACAUCGCAGACAGCAACAACCUGCCCAUCAUAAUCGGCAAGACUCGUUUGAUUUUGAGAACGUGGCUGAUCUUUCGUCGGAUAUGUCUACCAAUUACGAAUAUCUUCGGACGCGGAGUCCUGGUAGACACUAUACGUUAGAAUCCUCGGCACAAUAUCAAAACAACGUUAGUACAAGCCCCCGCUUGACCCUGCGCGGGAACCACUACACGAAGAAACAAAACGGGGGCACUCAGGCUCGGUACAAGCGAAGUCGACGGGAGGUCUCGGCCUCCCAUUCGCACUCACACUCGUCUCCUUCAUCGUCAAUUUCGUCCUACGGCUCAAACUCCGAUGUCAAAUUAGAUGGGCUCAAUGAGUCUCCUCCGGAACCCGCGCCCCCGGAAGUCCCCCCGAGGGGACUCUCUCUCCGACCUCCGUCCCAAAACAAAACGGCGUCAUCACCGGCCAGUGCGACGUAUAACUUCCCCUCAGAAGAGUUCUUAAUGGCUGGUAGCCCUCGGUCUUACCCAGGGAAAAAUUUGGAUUUCCCCUCUGGUCCAGAAGUCUCAACGCCUAGCGCUACUUAUCAACAUACCAGGCAUGAAAGCGGACUCACUCGUGGUGGAAAUGACAUCCUCCACCAUCCGCCGGCUCCACCUCCGGCCGUGAUGCCCGUCUUCCCCCUCCGGCCCUCGGGCCCGGGGCCCGGACCACACUACUCGUCCUACUCUCCGUCACAUUUUAACAUAGAUAAAAGAUGUCAACACAAGUGUUCUUGGAAAUGUUGCAGUAUAGCUCUCAUAUGUUUAUGUGCUGUCCUGACCGUUAUGCUCGCUUACUUUGGUGCUAUGAGUUCUAUAAAAUCGAACGUGGAGAGCAGCGGUUGCAUCGUGGUGGAAGACGCCCGGGUCGUGGCUCAGGACUCGGAACAACACUCCACCGUCAACGCCACGUCUCAAUCUUACCCGCCCACAGAGCCAGAAUGGAUAGUGACGAGCACGAUGUCGAGCAUAAGCCAAUCAGGAGGGGUAGGCCCAGGGUCAUCGGGUAGCGGCGCGGGGACGGGGGCGGGGCCCGCCUCGGGGGACCAACGCGGCGAGAGCCGCGACCAACAGUGGCCCUCCCUGGUGGAGAUCUCGGACCUCAACUACCCGUACACCCUAUCGGUGCCCCCGUUCCAAUUCUGGAACUCGGAGUUCCGCAACAAGCGCUCCAUCUUCAUCCGCUUCAACUUCAGCGUCCCCCUGCGGACCAACUUCGCCUUCUACGGCCGGCGCAACGUGGCGCCGAGCAUCACGCAGUACAACUUCGCCAAGUUCAUCAAAGGCUCCUGGGUGGACCACCGGCUCAAGAGGUCCAUCGCCCUCCGCCCGGACGCCGAUGUGGAGCUCCUCGCCGGCAACAGCCUCGAGCCCACCGUCCACGGCGCUGACAACGCCACCGAGCACGUCGUCAAGAGGCGCUCGGCCCCCAACACCAUGGUCAACGUCACCGUUCUCCAGUACAUGGAGGCGGGCAGGUGGUUUUUGGCCAUCUACAACGACGACACCAGGCCCAACGACAUCGUCCUCGCCAUCGAGGAGGCCGAGGACGUCCCCUCCGCCUGUCCUAACGAUUGCUCCGGUCGCGGCUCCUGCUAUCUCGGCAAGUGCGACUGCAUCGACGGUUACAACGGUCCCGACUGUUCCAAGAGCGUCUGUCCAGUUUUGUGCUCAAAUCAUGGGAAGUAUGGCGGAGGGCUUUGCCAUUGUGAGGAGGGCUGGAAAGGCUUUGAAUGCGAUAUCCCUCAACAUGAUUGCCAAGUUUCAGACUGCUCUGGACAUGGGACUUGCGUUUCGGGCAACUGUGUGUGCCAACCCGGCUGGAAAGGUCCUGAUUGCAGCAUAGAGGACUGCCCAGAUCCUACAUGUUCAGGUCAUGGUGUAUGCAUCGACGGGAAGUGUUACUGCAAAGCUGGUUGGCAAGGUUCUAACUGCUCUCUACUUAAUCAGCAAGUGUACAAGUGCUUACCAACUUGCUCCAAUCAUGGAACCUAUGAUUUGGAUUCUGGCACAUGUGUCUGUGAUGAUUUCUGGACAGGAGAAAACUGUUCUAAAGCUGUUUGCAGUCUUGAUUGUGGGCCUCAUGGACAUUGCUCACAAGGCCAGUGUUUAUGUGAUCACGGUUGGACUGGAAAAAGAUGUGACUCGCUUCCCUGUGAUGUCAGAUGCUCAGAGCAUGGUCAAUGCAAGAAUGGCACUUGUGUCUGCUCUCAAGGAUGGAAUGGCAGGCAUUGCACAUUGGCUGGCUGCUUGAAUAGUUGCAACAAAAGAGGCUCUUGUUCUCUGGAAUCCGGUGAAUAUCAAUGUGUCUGUGAUAAUGGCUGGGCAGGCCCUGACUGCAGCGUGCGGCUGGAACUUAACUGCAAUGAUAAAAUUGAUAAUGAUAAAGAUGGCAUGGUCGACUGUUCGGACAGUGAGUGUUGCACACAUCCUGCUUGCAAAGAGCAUAUCAUGUGCCUAGCAUCUAAUGAUCCUGUUGAAGUGCUGCUGAGGAAACAGCCCCCCUCAGUUACUGCAUCAUUUUAUCAAAGAGUCAGAUUUUUGGUAGAAGACAACAGUGUGCAGAGUUAUGCCCAUGAGGAUGAGUACAGCGAGAAUCAGUUCUGGAUUUCAUUUACUCCUCGGCGUGUCUCUGUCAUGAGAGGUCAAGUUUUGUCGCCUCAAGGUCUUGGUAUCAUUGGUAUCAGAGUUUCAGUUGACCGUAAUUCCAGAUUUGGUUUUACCUUGACUCGAGCAGGUGGAUGGUUUGAUGUUUUGGUCAACGGUGGUGGUGCAGUCACUUUGCAAUUUCAACGUAGUCCUUUUCAGCCUCUCACUCGGACAGUCUUUGUCCCAUGGAAUCAAAUCGUUGUCCUUCCUCCCAUUACUAUGCAGCUUAGUGAUGAUACGGAUCUGUACCGAGAGAAUAGUGAAAAUCCAUCCGCAUUAGCCUUAGGUGCUCCUGGGCUUGCAACUGCUUUGCACAUGGCAGGGCCAUGCGUAGAGCAUGACGAAGAGCUGCUAACCCCGAUUAUCAUGUCAACUUGGAUGCCAGAGAAAGUUGGCGGAAUGCCAGGAAGAAGUUUGAUUUUUGCAGAAACACAGACGCUUCAAGAGAGCAUACAAAUUCCUGGAUCAGAACUGCACUUGAUGUAUAGAAGCUCUCUCUCAUCUGGUUACCUUUCAAUUCUUCUUAUGCAUUUAACUCACUCAUCAAUUCCUCCAUCCCUCGUGAAAGUACAUGUUCGUGUUGAGAUUGAGGGUUUUGUUCACUCAAAGAUCUAUGAAGCAGACCCCAACUUGACACAUACCUUUGCAUGGAACAGAAGAAAUGUGUAUAAGCAGAAGGUUUAUGGAGUUGCUCAAGCAUUAGUUUCCAUUGGAUAUGAACAUUCGACUUGCAAGCAAAUUGUUUGGGAAACUCAGACUGCCACAUUGCAAGCAUUUGAUGUUGAUAUCUCUGAUGUUGGCGGCUGGAGUUUAGAUGUGCAUCAUCACUAUAAUUUCAAUGAAGGUAUUUUGCAAAAAGGAGAUGGCUCUAUCGUUCAUUUUAAACAUCAGUUCCCUCGAAUGAUCAAAACCAUGAUGGGCACUGGUCUUCAGCGGCCUUUAUUAUGCAAAGAUUGUGAUGGAUUGGCUAAAGAUGCAAGACUUUUAACACCAGUCUCUCUCACCAGUGGUCCUGAUGGGAGCCUCUACAUCGGAGAUUUCAAUCUGAUUCGACGGCUUACACCCGAUGGGAAGGUUUACACUGUUCUUCAAUUGAGUGCAUCACAAGUCUCCUAUCAAUACCAUUUAAGCAUAUCUCCUGCGGAUGGUCACUUGUACAUCUCUGACCCGGAACGACAUCAAAUUUUGCGUAUUCUGAGUCUGGACCCAGUGCCAGACCCAAAUAUAAAUUGGGAAGCUGCUAUUGGAAGUGGAGAAAGAUGUAUUCCUGGAGACGAAACAAAUUGUGGUGAUGAAGGGCCAGCUCUUGCUGCUAAACUGGCUUAUCCAAAAGGAAUUGCUAUCUCGGCUGAUCGAACCAUGUACAUUGCGGAUGGGACAAACAUACGUUCAGUAGACCCUGCCGGAAUUAUUCAUACUCUAAUUGGACAUCACGGGCAUCACAAUGUGUGGCAGCCAAUACCAUGUCGUGGCUCCAUUCUUGCACAUGAAGCUCAGCUGCAGUGGCCAACUGGCUUAGCUCUCAGUCCGUUAGAUGGUAGUUUACAUUUCAUUGACGAUCGUUUGGUACUUAAGCUGACAGCUGACUUGAAAGUCAAAGUAGUGGCUGGAAUUCCUCUCCACUGUAAUAAAAACCAUCGAUCUAUUGAUCAGCCCAAAGAUGCAGCUUUGUCAUCCAAUGAGUCGUCUGCAAAAGAAUCCAAGGCCACAGGGAUUUCGCUUGGCGCAGUUCUGUCAAUAGCUUUCAGCCCAUCCGGUCAGUUAUUCAUUGCAGACAGUGACUCGCAAAAAGUGAAUGGAAUAAGGAUCGUUGAUUCAGCUGGAAGGAUGGAUAAUUUUGCAGGCCAUAAUAGUAGAACAAAGAAAUUGGAAUGCGACUGCAGUAGCUCUAGGAAGAAUAGUUGUCUGUGCCCAUCUCCACUCGACAAAAAAGGAACAUUACUCUCAACCAAUGUACAGUUCUCUGUCAUUUCAGCUAUCACAGUCUCACCAGAUGGUGUGCUCAAUGUUGCAGAUCAGGGAAAUCUAAAAAUUCUUGCCCUUGAAUACUUUUUGCCAACUCAAGAUGAUAAAAAUGAAUAUCGUAUUCCGUAUCCUGCUGCUGGAGAGAUGUACGUCUUCAACCGAUUUGGUCAACAUAUCGCAACUAAUGAAAUUUCCACUGGAAAAACAUUAUACUCUUUCUUCUAUUCAAAGAAUGGUGUUUUUGGCAAGCUGUCUACCGUUACAGAUGCAUCCGGCAACAAAAUACUGUUCCUUAGGGAUUACAGUGACACAGUCAGUGCCAUUGAAAAUACCCAAGAUCACAAAUCAGAUUUGAAGAUAUCACCCGUUGGCUACCUUAUUAAAUUCUCUGAUAAGGGUCAUUCUGAAGUUAUCCUGGAUUAUGACAGUGAAACAGGCCUAUUGACCAGCAAAGCAGACCCAACUUCAGGGGGAGGUGCAACAUUCUUGUACCAUUACAACGAGUUUGGACGAGUGUAUGAAGUCAUUCUGCCAACUGGUGAAACACUCAAAUUCAAAUCCCACUUCUCGACAACAGAUGAACUCGAAGUGAAAGUCACAUCCCUCACUCAAUCACAAGUUGUGAAUAAUCUCACUGCUGAUUCAAAGCAUUGGCUCGGUAUCAAAAUGGAAGGCCAUACUCACAAGAAAAUCAUUCUCAAAGAUGGUUUGACAGGUGAUAUUGAAGCUAUUAACUAUCAAAAUGGCUCAUUCUCCAUCCGCUCUCGGUAUGGCGAGCACAUCAAAUGCUCUGCGCUAGCUCGGCAUCCUCUUUUGGAGCACUCCUUACCCACCGAGGCUGAGUUAUUACCUUUGUGGAGUCAUCAAUCAGUAACUCGAGGUUCACUCGUCAACAACAUGUACUGGAAGUAUGGUCUUAUCGGCAAAGGCUCCACUAGCCAAAAAACUUUAUUAAAGCAGUUAAUCGUUAACAACAGUCAGAUAUUAAGUGUUGAGUAUGAGCUCAGUACAGGUCAGGAAACCAUUUACGAUGUUGAUAAGCUUCCACUCCUCUCCAUCUCUUACAACAAUGUGCGGCAACCGGUAUCAUGGAAACCUGGACAGAUUUCUCCCAUCAUCAAUAUAUCCUAUGACAGAUUCAACCGUGUUGAACGGUGGCAGUGGGGCGUUCAAUCGGAAAACUACAGCUAUGAUCAUCAUGGUUUACUUUCAGAGAUAAAAUCGCAUCCAGCUGGCUCAACUCAACUUACUUUCAAUGAUAAAAAUAUGUUGACACGAAUCCAACUUCCAACUGGAAGAAAAUUUGGCUAUGGAUACGAUGAAGAAGGAGGUUUACGCUAUGUAAGUUUGCCUUCAGGAACAAGGCAUAUUUUCAACAUUCAGCCGUCCCUUGGUUUCAUCAGGUAUACGUACACACCUCCAGACACCAAUAAAGCAUACUUACAGCAGUUCAGCUACUCUGGAGCCUUACUUCAGACCAUUUAUCCAGGUGAUGGUGCAAGAGUGCUCUACCGUUACCAUCCAUCCGGACAGCUAGCAGAGAUUGUUCAUGGUGAUGGUAAAACGACUCUGAACUAUUGGGCAGAUUCAGGAUUACCAAGUCAAGUUGUACACUUUGGAAAAGACUUUGAGUACCGGUGUGACUCUCAAUACUCUGGAGGACUUCUUGUGGAAGAAAGAAUAACCUAUGGCCCUAAAACUGGGCUGAAUAAUGCCAAAAUAAUGUAUGAAUAUGAUAGUAAUUUCCGUCCUAUAUCCAUCUCUGGUCGAAUCGGUGGACAAAAUCUGCUGAAGUAUCCAAUUGAGUACAAUCCUAAAACAGGGGCUAAAACUCGCUUGGGACAAUUUCUGAUGGCCAGUUCACAGAACAAUGUUUCAGUUUUAUCUGAUGAUAUCGCUUCCUUCAGUCGCACACUCAAUGAAUAUUUCCAAGUUGCAAAAGUGGCUGUCACGAUUCACAAAGUUGAAGUGUUUAAAAUGGAAUUUGUCUAUGACUCUCAAGGUCGAGUGAGUCAAACCAGAACUGAUAUCCGAAAUGUUGGUGUGAACAAGUACACCAACUUGAAAAAUUACACUUGGGAUGCAGAUGGUCAGUUAAUUGGUGUCGAAUCCCAAGAGCCGUGGAGUUUCACCUAUGAUGCCAACGGCAACAUGCUCUCUCUCACUUACAAGGAGAAUACAAUUUCUAUGAAGUAUAACAAAAUGGAUCAAAUGGAGAAAUUUGGGGAGGGUGUUUACCGGUAUGAUAACCAUGGUCUUGUGGUGCAAAAUGCUCUUGAAGAGAAAUUCCACUACAAUGCCAAAGGAUUAUUGGUACGAGUUCUGAAGCGAGGAAGAUUUGACGUACACUACUUUUAUGACCACAUUGAUCGUCUUGUGGCGAGGAAAGAUAAUUAUGGGAAUGUGACACAAUUUUUCUACACCAAUCAAGAGAAUCCAAAUAUCAUUACUCAGAUUUUCAGUCCUCGUGACGGAAAACUCACCUCACUUGUUUAUGAUGACCGAGGGCACCUGAUUUACGCACAGUACCAUCGACAUAAAUUCUACGUUGCAACGGAUCAGUGUGGCACGCCUGUGAUGAUCUUCAACCAAUAUGGAGAGGCAAUCCGCGAAAUAAUGCGCUCUCCUUAUGGACACAUUGUAUACGAUUCAAAUCCAUAUCUGUACCUGCCAAUUGAUUACUGUGGUGGCCUUCUCGAUCAAGUAACAUCCUUAGUUCAUAUGUCAAAUGGGAAAGUUUAUGAUCCGUUGAUUGGUCAAUGGAUGUCCCCUACCUGGAAGGAUGUUUUAUCCCGUGUUACCAGUCCUAGACAUAUCCAUCUUUAUCGAUUCAAUGGAAAUGAUCCUGUUAAUGUGAAUCAUCAGAAGCUAGAUCUUACAGAUGAAACAGGCUGGCUUUCAAAAUUGGGUUACAACAUCAAGAGCUUGGCUCCUCUCUUAGAAGUAUCUAAAAAUUUGCCUAUGUCCCUCAUUCCAUCCACAAGAAUGCCAGCGUUCAGUGUCACCUCUGGCUUUUUGAGUCAUCUGAUAGAACGUCUCAAAUUUAAUGGCUUUUCAUCCCUUUCCAAGUCCAAUCUCCAGUUCGGAGUAAGUUCCAUAUCGUCCAGUCUGAUAAACCCGGUCCAGUUCAAUUACAAUUACAAUGAACCUGAGUCGCUUAAUGACGGCAGCUUGUUCAUAACGCGCUUGCGAGCAUCAGCAGCCGAGUCGCCAUUUGGGCAUGGCAUCUUGGUGUCGAGGACAAAAGAAGGAAGGGCUAUCAUCCACAGCAUUCCAACAGCAAACACUAUCUAUCGAGACGUAUUGACCUCUGUGUUCAAUAACACCUACCUGUUGCCCUUCACAAUUGUUGUCCAUGGUGCAUUGCAAGAUGCAUUCCAUUUUGUGAAGGAGGAAGCAUGGCAAGCAGCAGAAGACAAACUUCAGCUGAAACGCUUCGAUACUGAAUUCAACAUCACAUUCCAUGAGAGAGAAGGAGAGACUGAACCACAUAAGGUACUUGAUGUUCGAAUCCAUCGAGCAAAUGCCAUAAUUAAUCUAAGGUAUGGAACCACUGUUGAGAGGGAAAAACAGCGAUUACUACAUCAUGCAAAAUCAUCGGCACUUCGCAAAGCAUGGCAUAGAGAACACGAUGCAUUACGAAUAGGACUGCCGACAUCCAGAGAAUGGUCAGCUACCGAAGUUGAUGAAAUCUCAAAAGCAGGCUAUGCCUCUGGAUAUGAUGGCGAGUACAUUACUGAUGUGCAAAGGUAUCCGGAAUUAGCAGAGGACCCGUUCAACAUUAGGUUUAUAAAAAAAUCCUCUUCCUCAAAUCGAUAGUAUACUAAAUCCGAUCUCAGUUCUUUUGUACCCAAGCUCACCUGCUUCGAUUGCCGUUAUGGCUCAUUCUUUGUUCGCCGAAUGCAAUCUUCAUUGUGCAUUCUCUCUUCACUUGUGAUACUCAAAUUUUUGUUUGUUAUUAAAGGUUAUGUUCCAUGCACAAAAAUACCGAGGAACAUUGGAAUGGAAUAUUUAAAUAAGGGAGUUCUCAUCCUUAUUUUUUAAUUAUUAAAUAUUUCCCCUCUUUUGCCUGACAGUGAUGGGGAAAAAAAUUCAAAUUUUUCGUUACUAAAUGGCAUUUUCUGUAAAAAUAUAUUUUUGUAUCUGACUGUUUUUACGCUCUAAACAGAUAAUUUGAUGUUUUUUAGUGAGAUCUUAACUUUAAAUCUGUCAUGAUUAUCUAAAGUUCCUAAAUCAUUACUGAAUCAAUGAACAGUCCUAAAAAUUAUUUUGAAUGAGUAGACUGCCAACCCUAGUCCAAUAAUGCUCAAAUUGGAGCUAAUUGUUCACUCUUGUAGCAUUCUUUUAGGAAAAAAAUUACCCAGUAUUCUGUUGAGUUAUCAUUCAUAAGAAAAUCCCCGGGUCAAUGAGGAGGCUCAUUAGAUUUUUGGAAAAAAGAGAAAUCUACAGUGUAAGCUCAUUCAAAAUGAUGAAUAAUUAUAUUCUGUUAAAAUUCAUUUUUUCCCCUCUUCCCUGUCUAAUUUGCUAAUUUCAAGCUCUUCAUUCACAGUUAUCUCAAAUUAAAUUGUUAAUAUUUUUUUAACUUCAAAAGUUUUUGAAAAUGAAACUUAACUCAGCAGUCUGAUUAUGCUUAAAAAGCAAACUGCAAUUCUUGAAAAUAUCCUUAAAGACUAACUGCAUUUUCUUAGCAAACAGUUCUCUUUUAACCGUCAUUAAAUAAAGCUUGGACUGGCUUGAAAAAGCUUAAACAAAGCUCAAAUUUGUUAAGCUUAAAAAAAAAAAUUGAACAUGGCUCAUCUCAAAAUCAAAGGCGUUCAUUAUUCUUCUAUUAACUUUUGUACUCUCAAAACUGCCCAAUUGAAACGUCAUUUGAAUAUCCGUUGUUAAAUUUGUGCCAAAUCAUGUGUGCUGUACAGCAGCACUCAUUAUCAAUUUCUUCUUAAAAUCUUUUGUUAUUUUUCUCGUUCCAAAAGUGUUUCUACUAAAAAAACGAGUAUUUUAAGGUGAAACCAAUGUAUAAUUGUACAUUUGUGAUAUUAAUAUUAUGGAAAAAUAGUAAUAUUUAUUUAUUUUCUCUCUUGUAACUAUCAUCAUCCAGUCUCUACCACUCUCUGUUUCAUUAAACUGAUGUAACCACAUUAAAGUUACUCUGCUGAGCAGAUAAGUCCAUGGCCAACAAUAUUAGGUCACUGAAAUAUCUAGGUCUGAUAUUUUUUUAAUCGUGGAAUAAUUCAAAAGUAAAGAGUAAUAAGAAAAUACACUUUAAUUUGCCAUGAGUAUAACCCAUGAAUUAUCCUGACCUCAUCAUUUUGCUUUACCCAUCCGGGUAUGGAGGCAGGAGGGAAGCAGAGUAUGUUAGCCUAAUCAUGUGACUUAUCAACCAUUAAUAAGUUGAUCAUUUUAAAAUCAGACUCUGCUGAGCUCACUUCAAAAAGUGAUCUUCUGGAUAGAAAGUUCAAGAGGUAGCAGAAGUUCAGUUAUACAGUGGAUUUUUUACUGUCAAUUUGUGCUCAGCAGUUUUUUUCUAAGAUAUUGUGUCGGUGUCUAAGUCUCCUUUGUCAGGAGCAAAUUUAUUUAACAGAGUCACUGUGUUACUACCAAUUUAUGCUUAUUGCUGUUCUAAUCAACUGAUAAGUCAGUGUUGUUGAUGUAAAUACGAUAUCGAUGGAAAAAGCCAGGGUAGAUUAAAUUUGCUAAUGUAGGAGUUUUGAAACCAAUGAAUUUAUUUUUAUUUCCCGGUAUUUCGGAAUUCAUCUUGCUGAAAGAUAAUUGGAUGAGCAGAAGCAGAACAAGUCUGUCUACGGAGAGUUUCUAUUGUAGACUGACUUUAUUUGCUUAAAUUUUCCCAAUCACAGCCGGCAAAUAUCCAAUCACUAACUAGCCAGCUACUUUUUCGAUUUAGUUCUAUUUUUUUCCUUAUUUCUUUUUUUUCCAAAGAAAUUAUAAUUCAGCUGUUUAGAAUGUGUCACUUUUCAGUUUCUACCAUGAAUUUUUUACUGGAGCAAAAUAAAAAAUUACCCAGCUGAUGUAUGCGAGUUUCCUACUGUAAAAUUUAAUUAGGUAUAAGAAAUAUGUCAUAACGUACUGAUAUAUUAUUUUUGUACCAAUAUGUAUGUUAGACCUAAAAUUUAUGAGAUUUGAGGUCAUGUUUUUUUAUAUUUUGUUAAGAAAAUAAAAAAUAAGAAAAAAAAAAUAACAAUAACUGUCCACCAUUGAAAUUUUCAAAACUUGUAAAAACAUAUAAAAUGGUAUUCUCCUAUCAACUUAUAUUUUUGAUUAGAGCUUGCCAUGAAAGCUUCAUAUACUAAACCAAUUCCGUGUAAAGUUUUUUAACAACAUGAAAUGGCAUUUUGGUAGAACUGAUCCAAUUUUCUUACUGCAUUAUUUCACAGUGAUGCUUUCUGAAUAAUUAGUUCAUAGACUGUUAUCAUAAUCAAAAACUGGAGUGUAAAAUUUUAUGGAGGUAAGUUUCUAUAGAGAUUUGGGAAUCAUAAAAUAUCCUGAAUUAUCUGCCUAACUUUUUUAACUACAACAGUUUUUCCUCCGAUUACAAUACGAAAAUUACUUUUUAUUUUGAUGCUCUUUCCCCCUAUGUGCUUUUCAUAAUCCUUGGAAAAUCAUGAGGCAGGUAAGUAGAAGCAAAGAGCAUCAAAAAUUUCUUUCUCUAGUCAUUUUGUUAAGUUUUUUUCUCCAUCUUCCCCCAUUUUUUGACAAAAUAUUGAAUAUUACUGCUCAUGAUCAUAAAAUGCCUACCUAUACAUAUGACAGCUAUGUUUAAGGUUAUUUUAACUUGUAAAAAGAAGGUGUUUUCUCAAAAAUCUUUUUUUCUUACUUGCAGUGCAGAUUUUUACCGUUCACAAGUCUUUUCAAUGAAGUCACGCAUUCAGGGAUCUUAAUAAGAUCUUAAUGAUCUCCUAAUCUAGUUUUUUCAUGUAUUUUGCAUUUUACAAAAGUAAAAUGAGAACCACUGCCUGUCUGUACACUGCCUCUGAGGAGUUUUAAUAUUGCUUUUUCAUUUUCCCUCUGCAUUUAAAGUCAACUGAUCUAGGUAUUCAUAUGUUCAAUUUUUAUAAAAUGUUUGUCUUCUUUCAUUUAAGUAUUAAUAACUUAUUUCCACUCACUAGAAUGGUACAGAAAUCCACCCAAUUUUCAAACACGGGACAUGCUUUUUUUCCUCUUUUUCAUGAAUACCCACUUGCUAUAAGCUUGAUACAAUUGAUGCUAUAGAACCCAACGUUUCCAUAAAAUUUUUAUAAACGGUAUACCUAAAUUUUGAUUCAUUUCUGUAUGUAAAUAUAGAUGACUAAAUCAGAAUUGUCUUCAAGUUUCUGAGCUAGAAAUCUAGCUAGUUCAUCAUACUUAAGUUGUGUAAAUACCUUGUGUAAAAUUGUAAAUAAUUGUUGUGAAUCUGUUCUGAAAUUUUUCUUCUUUUUGUAUGAAAAUUUAAAUAUACAAACUAAAACACGA